CAUUACAUUCACAAAAGUACUACUUGCCUUUCCCGGUCAAUAAUACUGUACCUCUAAUCUACUUCCAGAAGAAAAAAAAAACACAAAAUAAGCAAUGGAAAAUGGGGGUUGGAACUUUUUCAGCAAUAGUAUUGAAAGCUGCAGCAGCAACAAUGGUGGAAAUGGGGAACAAAAUAGUAAUUCUACUCCUGCAUGGGACUUCUGGCAACUUGGUACUACUACUAGUACUUCCUCCCAGUCCCAGUUGAUUCAGUGGAAUUAUAACAACAGUAGCAACAUAUUUAACCAAGAUCCAAUUACCUACACGUGUCCGCUCAAUGGUUCCGAAUUAAUAGCAAGAGGAGUGAAUAAAAGUAGGGAAUACUUUAUCCAAAGAGAAAAGGACCAUAAUUUGAUGUGUUUGAACCUUAACUUGGGGAAAAGGCAUUGUAUUGAAAAUUAUGAGGCGCGGCCUCACGGCGGUGGAGAGGUGGUGGGGUUUGUUAUGAACAAGAGAAAGAAACACCAUUUCCCUGGUGGUGAUGGGGCGGCGGAAGCGGUGGUGCCGAGGUGUCAGGUGGAGGGAUGCCAGGUGGCACUGGUGAAUGCCAAGGCUUAUCACAGACGACAUAAAGUGUGUGCAAUGCAUGCUAAGGCUCCUAAAGUUGUGGUUCUUGGCCUUGAACAACGCUUCUGUCAGCAGUGUAGCAGGUUUCAUUUAGUGAGUGAGUUUGAUGAGUCAAAGAGGAGUUGCAGGAGGAGAUUAGCAGGACAUAAUGAGAGAAGAAGAAAAAGCUCUCAAGAUCAUUACACUAACACCAGAAACCCCUCUCAAGCAGGUAAUUAUCGGAACUUAGCAGUAAAUGAAGGACGUGCUCACUCUCUUCUGUCACCCAAGAAUGAUUCAUGGAUAUCAAAGGGCAAUCUCCCAGCAAGAUGUAGUGCCACUAUUAAUGAGCUGAUUGCUGAAAGUAGAGCAACACGUCUAGAUCAACAGCUUAUCAUUGACAAAGAUUGGCAUAGGCACCAGCAUUAUCCGAUGGAGAAUCUGAGCAUCCAACUAAAAAAUCGAAGUUCAACUGAUCAUAACCGCGAACAUGUAGUCCUCAAGUCGAAUGGUUGGGGACGUGCCAAUGAUGCUGCGGGAAAUUUGACUUUGGACUUCAUGCAUGUUCGAAAUUCUGAAUUCGGGUUCUUGUCCGAACAAGAGCAACUUAAGGAGGAAGGAGAUGAAGAAGGAUGUCCAGAACAUUGGAACUAGCUCCUUUGCGGGAGCUCAUGUUGCUUGAAUUUGUUUCUUUGGGAUUUGCAAUGUUUGCUUUUAUUGAAGAUAUAAUUAAGUGAAUAAAAGUGUGCACUUAUCUGAGGGACACCCUGGCCUUCACUGAAAAAUUAUACUCCAUUGAUA